AUAGGCGGACCGAGCAAGAAGAUAGUAUAAAAGACCCGGCUAAAGCACUGAACAGCGCUACAAACGGGAAGGAAGUACGUUAACCUUCUUUUUACGAAAGCAACUUUCUGGCUCGCUAACACGGACUCAUUGCAAAGAAAACCUGAGAAAUUUUGUACAUCGCUUUAUGUAUUUAGAUCUGUCGGUUUCUGCGUGUUCUUCGACUAUGGUCAUAAUGGAAGUCCCGAGUAUCGAUUCCACCUCCUUUCGGGUUCUUUUGGAGGGCGACGACCACGAUUGCCUUGUCUUGGACUGUCGGUCAUUUUUCUCCUUUAACUCAUGUCAUAUCCCUGGAUCAACGAACGUGCGUUUCAGCACAAUAGUUCGCCGGCGCGCACGAGGUGCACUGGGGUUGGAGCACAUAGUGCCCAAUGAGGACACUAGGAACAGACUUCUUUCUGGUGAAUACCAGACCGUGGUGUUCCUCGAUGAUCAGAGCGCAGAUAUAGGCCAAGUUAAAAAAGAUGGGACUCUGAUGCUUGCUGUGACUGCUCUGUAUCGUAAUCCUUGUGGCGCUACCAUUUUCUUCCUAAAAGGUGGAUUCGACACGUUUUACUCGUUGUUUCCCGAAAUGUGUACCAAACCAGCAAAUCCACAGGCUCUGAGCUUGCCGCUGAGUGCCAGCUGCCAACCUGAAAGUGUUGAAUCUUGCAACACAUGCGCGACACCUCUGUACGAUCAGGGUGGCCCGGUGGAAAUCUUACCGUUUCUUUAUCUUGGUAGUGCCUACCAUGCCUCUAGAAAAGACAUGCUGGACAUGUUGGGAAUCACAGCUCUCAUUAACGUUUCUUCCAACUGUCCAAACCAUUUUGAGGACCAUUUUCAAUACAAAAGUAUUCCCGUUGAAGACAACCAUAAAGCUGACAUCAGCUCCUGGUUCAACGAGGCCAUUGAAUUUAUCGACUCUGUGCGGAACAAAGGUGGACGCGUCUUUGUCCACUGCCUGGCUGGCAUCUCGCGGUCCGCUACCAUAUGCCUGGCCUACCUGAUGCGCACCAACCAGGUUCGGCUGGAUGAGGCCUUUGAAUUUGUCAAGCAGCGACGCAGCAUCAUCUCUCCCAACUUCAGCUUUAUGGGGCAGCUGCUGCAAUUUGAGUCACAGGUGCUGGCCUCUGCCACAUGCUCCUCAGAGGCUGGGAGCCCAGCACUAAGGAAGAGUGUGACGGUGUUCAACUUCCCCAUCCCUGUUCAUACCACUGCCAGUCCACUUUCUUUCCUACACAGUCCCCUCACCCCCUCACCUACUUGCUGACUCAAGGGACUUUUGAAAGAGAUGACCCCCCCCCCCCCCCCC